GGAUAUUAACAAAAUUAAAAUUGAGUGACAAUUUUAUAGUCUAAUAUUGAAGAAAAAUAAUCCGUUUUUUUUUUCUUUGAAAAAAGAAAAAUAAUCCGUUAAAUCUAAAAGUUUGCAACUGUCGGAGGAGCCCUUCCUCGUCCACCAGCUCCCGCCUCCUCCACCUCCACGACGGCACGCCGUAUAAAGUUUCCGCCGAUAGCCCAUGAACCUUUUCUACCCCAAUACCACUGCGCCACAUUCCUUCUCACGCCUUUCAUCCUUUCCACAAACAACCCUCCAUAAACGCCGUUCUAAGUUGUUUGUCGGAUGCCGCUCAAAUUCCAUCAAACAGAAAUUAAGCUGCAAUUGCGUCACUUCUAGCUGCGAAAGUAGCAGUGGGCGUAGCAAUGGCGGUAGUGAUACGUCGGGGGAAUGCGGCGAGUGCCUGGACGUGAUAGUGGUGGGCAGCCGGAAAGAUGCGCUGCUGGACUUCUGCUCGGCCUCGCCUUUCCUAUCCCCUGUUUUGAGAUUCUGGAACGUUCUUGGUGCUGACUCGGAACAGGUGCAACUGCAACAAAGGUUCGCAAGCAAAGAUAGCACUCCAAGAACUGUGGAAGACUUCUUGGCUUGGCACACUUCUAAAGCUGUGAUACUUGUUGCUAGUGCUGCUUAUGGUUCAGAUCAUAUUACAGCACUUGAGGUCCUUAGCAAUGUCAAGAGUGGAAAUGGGUUUGUGGUGGGCAUAAUAUUGAUGCCAUUUAGCUUUGAAGGGAAAAGACGCCAAGAUGAGGUCAAGGAUUUGGUUGGCAAACUUCAAAAGCAGACAAAUUUCUGUAUUGUUCUUGAAACUGAUACACUUCUCGAAAAUGAUUUGGUAACUCUGGAUGAGGCUUUGAGGACUACCAAUAAUGCUGUUUUGAUGGCCAUAUACACCAUUUCCAUUUUAUUAUCUGAGAAGCACAUGAAGUUUCUGAGUGCAAAAGAUGAUUCGAUCAGAGAAAUUCAACUUCCUGAGUUUCAAGAAGUUUUUGAAAACUAUAAAGAAGCAAGAAUUGGAUUUGGGGCUGGUUACAACGUCAAAGCAUCACUGUUGCGAGCUAUAAAUGACUGCCCUUUCCUGGUAGUUGACAUAAAGGAUCUUGAUGGUGUAGUUUUAUGCGUCAUUGCAAGUUCAGGUGCUGUGGAAAGCAGUGAGGCGAAUAAUAUUUUGCAUACUGUUCGUGUAAUUACAAAAUGCAGUGGAAAAAUAAUUGUAGCUAUAGUCCAUGAGCCCUAUCUGGAGGCUAACACAAUAGUAUCUGCCAUCAUUGUUUUUGGAUACACCAGAAAACAGUUGGCUCCUGCUCCAAGAAGUGGCAUAUUAUCGAGCCUGGGUCAGCAUUUCCCUUCCAUUUUCAAUAUCUUUAAGAAGCAACACCAGCAACUGAACAACCUUGAGAAAGUCAUUUUAUCUGAGAGUCCACAUGUCUCUAAUGAGAUAAAUCCUCCUGUCAUUAAAGAUAUGUCUGAGACAAAUUCUUUAGAUGGUACUGCUGAUGACACUGUUGUUAUCUCUGGGAAAACCCUAAAUACAUUCGGUGAUGCAGAGGAAGAAUUCCCUUCUUCCAGGAGUGACCAUAGUUCUGGAGAAAAAGAGGUAGACCUAUUGGAUACCAAUUUUAGUUCUUUGCCAUAUGAGUUAAUUUCUGAAGGAAACUACGUGUUCAAGAGGGAGCUGUUUACUAGAGGAAAUAUGGGGCCAAGUCAUUCAACUGAAUCCAAAUACGGAACCAAUUUUACAGAUGCAGCUGCACUGGUUGACAGUGUCAGCAUCUACAGAUUACCUGUGGGUGUAAAAAAUUUAGAAAAGUUGGAAGAGUCUCCUGUCUCCUCAAACAAUAAGCGUGGAGCAGCAUGGAGAAUUGAUGACGAUGAGAAAACUGUACCAAAUGUGUCUUGGUCUGGACUGGCUGAUGUCAAUUUCAAUAAUGCUUCUAUAUUCAACAAAGGAAGUAGCGCCAAUAAUUCUAAGAAGCAGGGAGUGCUUUCUGUUCGUGCUGCAUCCAUGUUGGAAUCAGAGAGAGAUUCACAAAAGAAGUGGAGUCGUGUGGUUGAGAUGAGAUAUCGUGGAGGAAAAUACAAAGGGCGCUCUCAAGGAGGACUUCCUGAAGGAAAGGGACGUCUAUUGCUUGGUGAUGGAAGCAUCUAUGAUGGUAUGUGGCGCUAUGGAAAGAGAUCAGGUCUUGGAACAUUCUACUUCAACAAUGGGGAUGUUUUCCAGGGAUCAUGGAGGGAUGAUGUCAUGCAUGGCAAGGGAUGGAUUUACUUCCACACAGGGGAUAGAUGGUUUGUUAACUUCUGGAAGGGAAAAGCUGAUGGAGAAGGCCGUUUUUACUCAAAGCAUGGUGAUGUUUUCUUUGGCCACUUCAAAGAGGGAUGGCGACAUGGCCACUUUCUUCGUAUCAAUGUUGAUGGGACAAGGGCCGAAGAGUUAUGGGAGGAAGGUGUGCUCGUCAGUGAAACACAAUUGGAUCCCAAUGAAGAUGGUUGAACAUCGGUCUUCACACACCACCCUCUUGCAAGGUCCCAUGCCUCUGAUUUAUAUAGAAACGCAUGUAAUCCGCCCCAAUAUAGGAGCUCUUGGAAUAUGUUUUGGAUGCGGAGCCUACUUUUCUGUCCCAAGGUUACUGACUCAAUCUAUUAUCUCAGAUAGUAUUGUGUAAAUGUGUGCAUAUCACUGGGAGAUUAUUCCGCCGCGCCACCAAAAUAUGUAGUCAAAUUUUUGCGUCUACUUUUGGAAAAGAGUCUUAUAUGGGGAAGGAGGAAUAUAGUAGUAAUUAUUUGAUGGAAUGAAAUGAUUAAUUGUAAUUUUGGCUGUCACAGUACCUGCUUCUUUUAUUUCUUUCGCUAAGAGCUAUUCAAGAGUGAAUGGGAUGAAAAUGUCAUUACAUUA